UUUUCAGAAUGCUAUUUCGUAAUCAAACAAAUAACUGCUCAUAUUCUUCAAAUGUUGACAAGACUAAUUCUGAUUCAACUGAAAAUGCCUCAUCUUCGACUACGCUUUCACCAGUUCAACUUUUGGCAUUGGCAAUUCGUAAACGUCGUGGUCUAAUGGAUCAAAAACACAAGGAUUUGCGUCGGGAGUUGCUACAUUCCGGAUUCAUCCAAAUUUUGUAUUCUACGAACGACUCCACAUCUGACUCAGUGGUUCAAUGGAGCGGCUCUGGUGAUGACAGUUAUGGAAGCGAUGAUGAGGGCCAGCGUUCAUGCAAAAGGUUCAAAGUCGAUCUUGAUGCAACUCAAGGACAUUUGGCUUUUAGUGAUUUAACGUCUUCCGAUUCAGGAUUUGAACAAGCUCUGGAUGGGGACACUGAUGCUGAUGAUGAUCUUUAAAUUUUCAAAUUACCUCGUAAAAGCGUGUAUUUUUAUUUUUUACUGUUUUAUCAUAUCGAU